CGAACAUUCUCCUGUUGAAAUCAGGUUACUCCAGCAUAGGAAACAGGAAAUAACGCAAUGUCAGGCGUCACCUGACCGAUUCAGUUCUACACAGGAAGUUGGUUCGCGAAUACAACAUGGCUGUUGUCUGCAGAUAGAGGUGGUGUUGUCUUAAGCAAUGAAAUAAUCAGGCUUUCGCAAACCGUAGGACAGUUGAUUCUGUUCAGUGGGUUAGCUGGUUCUGACGCCGGUCCAACAUGGCCCAGUGUGUUCAGUCUGUGCAGGAGUUCGUUCUGGACUCGUUUGUGCCGAUGGUAGCCGUCUUAUGUAGUGAAGAAGCGGAGAGAGUGACUCGCAAGAACAACCUGAAUUUUGCUGAGCUGCUCAGGCCUUUCUGCAGACUAACGUCGGAAGGUCACAUCCGGGACCCCAACAACCAGGUGCAAGUUGUGAAAAACUUGCGCAUCUGUGUCAACAAUGUGGUGACAAGUCCAACCAUGCCAUCUGCUACCCUCAGCCCUGCCCAAUGCAGAGUACUCAAUGAAGUUGUGUUAUCCUGCCAGCCACAAGAGGGUGUUGUGAACAAUGUGGUUACAGCAGGAGACUAUGAUCUCAACUUCAGCGCAACCACACCCUGGUUUGAAACCUACAGGGAGAACUUCCUGCAGUCAAUGCCUGCUUCUGACCAUGAGUUCCUCAACCACUACCUCGCUUGCCUGCUAGUGGUGUCUUCCACUGAAGCAGUCCCUGUGGAGCAGUUCCUUAAGCUUUCUCAGGAGCAGCACAGGAUUCAGCACAGUGGAGAAUACACAAACCCCAAGUGGUUUAUACCCAACACACUCAAGUACUACGUCUUACUCCAUGACAUGAGUGAGGGGGAUGAACAGAGGGCAGAUGUGGUGUAUGAGGAUAUGAAACAGAGGUAUGGUUCUCAGGGUUGCCACCUGUUGAAAAUGAACACUCGUAGCUUCUCAGCUGAAGAAGAUGAACAGAUUCCAGACCCCUGGAGUCAGUACCUGCAAAAGAAUAUUCUACAUACCCAGGAUACACUUGAGGAUGUGACUCCAACUGUGAACAGCUCUGCUGUUGAGAACAGUAUCAGUGCAGCUGAAGUGGACUGCCAUCACUCAACAGACAACGAUGGAGUGUCCACUAGCCUGGAAAGCCAUCCUCUCCAGCUGGAUAUACCAAGCAGCUCCGGGAGCCUGCACACCCUUGGUGCUGUAAAAACUGAACUGAAGAAAGGGGCAAGAGAUUCAGAGAGUCUUGCAGGGGGAGCAGGGAGCCACGGUGCAUGUCUGACCCUGAAUGACCAUGACCACAUCAGACAGUUCAUUCAAGAGUUCACCUUUAGAGGCCUGCUGCCACACAUAGAGAAGAACAUCAGACAGCUCAACGACCAGCUUGUCUCCAGGAAAGGUCUGAGUCGAUCUCUGUUCACUGCAACCAAGAAGUGGUUUGGUGGAGGGAAAGUUCCAGAGAAGAGCAUCAGUGAACCAAAGAGCACGUGUGGCCUUUUGUAUCCCCCAGAAGCCCCUGAGCUGCAGAUCAGGAAGAUGGCUGACCUGUGCUUCCUGGUACAGCACUACGAGUUGGCCUACAGCUGUUACCACACUGCAAAGAAAGACUUCCUGUCAGACCAGGCCAUGCUAUAUGCUGCAGGGGCACUAGAAAUGGCUGCAGUGUCAGCUUUUCUGCAGGCUGGAGUUCCGAGACCAUAUCCAGCGCACUACAUGGAUACCGCUAUACAGACAUACAGAGAUGUCUGCAAGAACAUGGUGCUGGCUGAGCGCUGCGUGUUACUCAGUGCUGAGAUACUCAAGAGCCAGGGCAAAUACUCUGAUGCUGCAACACUCCUUAUUAAGAUGACCAGCGAGGACUCUGAUCUGCGCAGUGCUCUGCUGCUGGAACAGGCUGCCCACUGCUUUAUUAAUAUGCGAAACCCUAUGGUGCGCAAGUUUGCCUUCCAUAUGAUCCUGGCUGGUCAUCGCUUCAGCAAAGCAGGACAGCGGAGGCAUGCACUGCGCUGUUACUGCCAGGCCAUGCAGGUUUAUAAGGAGAGGGGCUGGUCUUUGGCAGAGGACCAUAUCAACUUCACAAUCGGCCGUCAAUCCUUCACUCUUCGCCAACCAGAGAAAGCUGUAAUAGCCUUCAGACAGAUUCUGACCAAUGACAGCAGACAGACGGCCACGCAACAAAGCGCCUUCCUCAGAGAGUAUCUCUAUGUUUACAAGAGUGCAAUAGAGGGAAAUGAAGUGAGUCUUCCCCAGCUGCCACUGCCCUGCAUACACUGCUCAGCCACAAGGGUCUACUUUGGACACGAACGCCGCCUUGCAGAAGGGGAAAAGCAGGCAGCCACUCAUGUGUCCCUGGACCAGGAGUAUGACCAGGAUUUGGCAGCCAUGUGGUGCCACUUAGAGGAGCAGCUUGUGGCUGCUGCCAACCGGGGGACUGUCCCAGUAAACUUCCAGCCCACCCAGUGCUGCCUGAACAGCCAGACAGACAACCAACGCAACCCAGUGGCUGUGGUGGAGGAGCCAAUCAUAGUGGAGUUGACAUUUAGAAACCCUCUGAAGGUUUCUCUGGCACUUUCCAACCUCUCACUUCUCUGGCGGUUCACUGCUGAUGAUGCGCCUCCAUCAAAGGAGAAAACAACUGAAGAUUUAGCCAUCACCAAUGAGGAGAUCCUGGCUCUAGGGAUGACACAGAAAGAUGACAUUGUCACCACUGAAGUCAUCCAGGAGUUUCAAAUGGGUCCAGAGGAGACCAAAAUGGCUCGACUCAGGCUGCUGCCGCACAGAACAGGCCGACUGAAAGUUGUUGGUGUGGUGUACAACCUGGCUGCAGCCUCUUCUGGAGAGAUGGCUCCCAACAGUGAAGGCCAGCAGACAUUUGAUGCGAUGGUGGUUCAUGGCAAACAGGACCUUAUGAUCCAGGGCCCUCGACUCAAUCAGACCAAAGAGGACAAGAUGACGGUUCGACAUGGUCCUGAUCAAAGGCUGAAUUUCAUUGUAACAUCACCCAUGCCCCUAAUGGAGGUCUUCUUCCUGCAGUUUCCCACCGCACUGCUAUGUGGUGAAAUCCGAAAGGCCUACGUUGAGUUCUGUAAUGUAAGCAGUGUUGCCUUGUGCGGCCUUCGAGUGGUGUCCACGCACCCCGACUUCUUCACCUUUGGCAGCCAGGCCACAACACCUCUUACACCCGUCAGCCCAACCUCAGCUGAAAACAACUCCGCAUAUAAAACCUUGGCCACACCCCCUCAGUCAGGCUCAGCAGCAUCUGAGAUGUUGGUGUCAGCUGAGGAUUUCAGCCAGCCAUCCGGUGUGAUAGACAUUCCAAUAGAUGGCAGCACACUGCAACCAGGAGAGUCUACCCAGCUUCCUCUCUGGCUCAGAGGACCUGACCAGGAAGGAGUCCAUGAAAUCAAUUUCCUUUUCUACUACGAGAGCACAGACAAAGGAAACAAAAUAAGUCAUCGGGUGUUACGUCACACAGUGUUUAUCUGUGCCAGUCGGUCUUUGAGUGUGCAGGCGUCGGCCUGCCGCAGCUGUGUGCCCCCACAUCACAGUCUGGGUGAUAAAGGGGGCGGUGGAACGCUGGUCUUUAUUGAUGUGGAGAACAUCAAUAUGAGUGAAUCUGGCAUGCGUGAGUUCCACAUCGUGCAGGUGUCCAGCAGCAGUCAACACUGGCGCCUACAAAAGUGCAUCAACCCAGCCAAGGAUAAAGACUGUAAACUCACCAGCAGAGAAAGAGCCAAGCUGUGUUUUAGGGCCACACGAUGCAAGCCCCACAAAGCUACCUCAGAUGCCAUAAAGAAAUACACCUUUGCAGACCUGAAUCUGGGAAACGAACGGAUCAUCAGUUCCUCUACACCCUGUGGAGAUUUCUUCUUCCGUGGCUGUCAGACAUCAGAGUCUCAGCGAUUGGAUGUGCCGUCAUCCAGAACAUCGUGCAGCAGCAAGAGUCAAAGCUGUGUCUCCGCUGAGGACAGAGCAUCUGACAUCACAAACAUUGUCAGGAAGUGUAAUGAGCUGGACCUCAACAUUAUUGUCAUCUGGAAGGCUUAUGUGGUUGAGGACAACAAGCAGCUGAUCCUAGAGGGCCAGCUCCAUGUGGCACUGCAGACCAUCGGCAAAGAGGCCAGUUCUCUGACUCCCAAAGAGGAAGCUCAGGAGAUGGUGCUGCUCAAGUUUAAAUCAGAGCUACCUCCUCCAGUGGUCCUGCCCUCUGCAGAGCUGUCCCAACUGGUCAAAACCAACCUGCACUACCCUGAGACCUACACACAUCCAUUUGUCCUGGACAGUCUCUGUGUGGUGCCAGUUACUCUGACUCUGUCCAACUGUUCCUUGGCUCAAGUGGAUGUCAUCAUAGACUUGCGGCACAAAAGCACCAGCCCAGAGACUCUGGAGGUCCACAACUCGUUCACCUGGGUGGGUCAGACCCAAUACAAGCUGCAGCUGAAGCCUCAGGAGGUGCUGUGUCUGACUCUGCAAGCAUGCUUCCUCCAGGCAGGAGUCUACAACCUCAACACACCGAGAGUCUUCGCCAAGCCGGCACAGCAGGGAGCCAUGUGUGAGACAAGUCAGCAGACAGCAAGUCCUGCUCUCAUAUUCAUCAACAAUGCCUGAACGGAGCAUGAUGGCCUGCAGACAGGAGAUCCUGGACUGUGUGGACUCAGAACCCACUGAGCAGAGUCCUCAACACACAGCCAUUCUAGUUCUUCUUGAUUAAUAUGGGACAGCAGGAACUCUAGAUGAUUUGUAUCAGUUAGUAAAUUAGAAUAUAGUUUCUAGAGAUUGAUGCGCUGAUGUUCCAGAUGAAGCGGACAGGCGGUUUAUGGACCUAUUUUCAUCUGCCAAGCAUCAAGAGUUUUCACCUGCAUGUUACUAUUUCUGUAUGAGGUCCUCUCAUCAGCACACAGGUUUACCCUCAUACCAUCCACCCCCCUGCACCCUGCUGUCUGCACACACCCUGUGUCACUCACCUUUCACCAGCAUCUCAAGUAUUUGUUUGGAAGCCAACAGCAGCAGACACAGGAUACAGGUCGACCAGACUGCUGUCUCUGAUCUUAAGCCUUAAAGCAAAGUCAGAGACAAAAUUCUGCUCUUAUUCUGGAACGGAUGUGUGCCCACACUGAGCUACAUCACAAGAAUACUUUCAUCACUGGGGAAUCAGUUUCUGUGUGUUUGGUCCAGUUCAGCCAGAACGGCUCCAGAAUCAUGGACUGAUGCUGACAGAUGUAAUGAUUUCAGUGUGUAAAAAUGCUGAAAUGAGAAGUGAAAUAAGUCCUCAUAUGAGUGAUUGUAGUUCUAAAUGUCACUCGCCGUGACGUUCUAACGAGAGCUGUUUACAUCCUGAAUAUGGUACACCUCAACUCACAGUCCCGCUGGUUUUUCUCCGAGUCUGCAGCUCUUCCUAAAGUCUUGACUAAGAGGCUGAUGACUGCGCCUCAAAAUACUGCCCGUUCUCCGUCAGUGCAACACACCAUCCGUAUUGCCUCAUAUGCAUGCAGUUGAUUUUCUAUAGUCCUACCUAUCCUAUCAGCAUUCCUCAUAACCUGUGUGUUCAACCUCACCAUAUUGUGAUCGAGCUCUUGUAUGCAUUGACUGGACAGCUUUUCUGGAAAUGAUGUAUUAUAUUUAUAUAACAAAUUGGAUGUAAAUAGAAAAUAAAACUGUAACUAAUGAUACCGUAUGUACUAUGAGAGACUGUCUGAAAUCUGGGCAGGGAAAAUGACAUUUGUAGUACCUGGAACUCUGUAUCUAUCUAAAGUAAAGAGAAAUGAAAAAAACA